AUGCCUUCCUCCUCCCCCACCGUGCAAAUCAACAAAGGGAUUGACAGUCUACCGCCAGCAAUCGCCGAAAAAGUCCCCCAUCUCCCAGAAACGAAGGAGCAGUUGAAAGAGGAUGUGCGAGAAGUAAAGGAAUCGUCCUUCUCGGGCUUAAGGAGCUUGGUAGCCGGGGGUUUCGGUGGUGUGUGUGCUGUCAUCGUUGGGCACCCCUUUGACUUGGUCAAGGUACGAUUGCAAACCGCAGAACGGGGCGUUUACAAGAGUGCGAUCGAUGUCGUACGGAAGAGUGUCGCAAAAGAUGGACUGGGGAAAGGGCUGUAUGCAGGUGUUAGUGCGCCGUUGGUGGGCGUUACUCCUAUGUUUGCCGUCUCGUUCUGGGGUUAUGAUGUUGGCAAGAAUCUCGUCCGCCACUUAUCUACUGUCCACGACAACCAGUACUCCAUUGCCCAAAUCUCAGCCGCAGGUUUCUUCUCUGCCAUUCCUAUGACGCUUAUCACCGCACCUUUCGAGCGCGUAAAGGUCCUGCUCCAAAUCCAGGGACAAAAACAGCUCGCACCUGGCGAGAAACCAAAAUACAGUGGCGGGUUGGACGUUGUUCGUCAAUUGUACAAGGAGGGUGGUGUUCGUUCAGUAUUCCGUGGAUCCUUUGCUACAUUGGCAAGAGAUGGACCUGGUUCUGCUGCAUACUUCGCUGCCUACGAAUACAUCAAGAGGGGUCUCACACCCAUCGAUCCAUCAACCGGAAAGCCAAGCGGAGAUCUGAGUCUCCUGGCAAUCACAAGUGCUGGUGCAGCCGCUGGUGUGGCUAUGUGGAUUCCAGUGUUCCCAGUGGAUACAGUGAAGUCAAGGCUGCAGACCAUGGAAGGGAAACCAACUGUAGGCGGAGUCAUCAGUGCGUUAUACAAAAACGGAGGGUUUAAGGCGUUCUUCCCAGGGUUUGGGCCAGCGCUUGCACGAGCCGUGCCAGCAAAUGCCGCAACAUUCUUGGGAGUUGAGUUAGCUCAUCAGUUCAUGAACAAGACUUUUGGAUAG